UGCCGCAAAGGUAAUGCAGCAUUAUCUGAAAAUCUUUCUUUGGUUCUACAAUGUUUAAUUUGGUGCUCUCGACUGCUGUUCUCUGCCUGUUUCGUUUGAGUCAGGCCACUCUGCCGGACUGCAAGGGGAUCACAACACCACUAAUGCUGGAAGAUGACAACAAAAGUAUCAUGGGUAAAUGGAUCUUCCUUGAAGGCAUAGCAGAUCACCACUUGUUCACAUAUAUAUUGAAGACAGUGAACAGCUCGUGGAUAGAGUUUGGCCCCAGAUCUCUUGCAAACUCUGUAUCCCUCAGUCAAGGAAACAUGCUACGUGGAAAGUGUGAGUUCAGAGCUACAGAGGCAACUGUACAAGAUAGCACUUUUCAUGCCAUUGAGAAUGACACAAUUUCAGAGGGCAAGUUCCUGCCAUCCUGUCCGGACUGUCUCACCAUGAGCUUCAUCAGCCAAUAUAAAAAUGUCACCAUAAAUUCACUCUACCUCUUCAAGCGGGAGAGCAACAGAACUGAGUCAGAUAUGGACAUGUACUGGAAGCAAGCUGAGUGUCUUGGAUUUAAAAGAGAAGCCCAGUACUCCUAUGAUGGUGUAACAGAACUCUGUCAUGAGGCCAAGGACAACUCAUCUGACCAGAAGUCCAAUUUGGACAAGUCCGAUCAAUAAAUAAUGAACACUGAAACGUUUCUAAUGAUUAUAUACUGCAGAUUUUUAUUAAUGGAAUAUGAAAAACCUUGUUCAAGACAAACACUGUGCAAGCAUCAAAGUAUAUAUAUUCGCAGAUGUUAAUUCUAAGAGACUCUAACAAAACAUACUGUAUGUUUAAUUGAUAUGAUAUGUAUGUCAUAAUGGCCACUAAAAGUAUACAUAAUGACAUAACAUGGGGAGAAUAUAUACCAAGUAUACAUUGUGGUUUAUUUAUUUUUAAACACCUUUGACCUCCAAAUGGUUAUGUUUAUUUCUAUAUGAGUACUGCUCUUUCAUCCACCCCUUAGUUUUUUAAAUAAAAUCUAUUAUAUCAUAUAUGAUCACAAAACCAGAAAAUACCUGAUUGCACCAAUGAUCAAUUAUUACGGCCUCAUAAUGCACACUGUAUAAAAUAAAGUUGUCCAAAAUAAAUAUUUCUUGAAAUGUCAA